AUGUCUGUGGCAGAAGCACCUCCCCUCUGUGUGCACUUUAAACUCUGCUCUCCUUGACAAAUAUUUGCCUGUUCCCAAACUAGCUUAAAGCCAGUCAGUCUGAAGUAAGCGUCUCUGCCUUGGAUGAAUCAAAAUGUCUAGUAAUUACAGCCUAUUGGUGAAGAAUGCCAAACAGGUGGUUCUGAUCUGCAACAAUGGAGAGAAGUACUUGACCAAACAUGGGAUGCAAAAUCUUUGUGUUAUUGAAAAUGGGAGUGUAGUGAUCGGGAGCGAUGGGCUGAUUAAGGCUGUGGGACCUGCUGAACUCAUCAGAGCACAGUAUUCAGAAGAGUCAUUUAACAAAGUAAUUGAUGCUACAGGAAUGUGUGUCCUGCCCGGGUUGGUUGACGCCCACACCCAUCCAGUCUGGGCUGGAGACAGGGUGCAUGAAUUUGCAAUGAAGCUGGCAGGUGCCACCUACAUGGACGUCCACCGGGCCGGUGGAGGGAUCCACUUCACGGUGGAUCACACUCGAGCCGCGAGGUCUUUUGAGCUGCUGGCCUCCCUCUGCAGCCGGUUGGUCCGGAUGCAGCGGGCUGGUACUACCCUGGUGGAGUGUAAGAGCGGAUAUGGCCUGGAACUGCAGACUGAGCUGAAGAUGCUGGAGGUGAUCGAGCAGGCCAGACAGAGCUUGCCCAUCAACAUCUCCUCAACCUACUGUGGAGCCCAUGCAGUGCCCAAGGGGAAGACAGUUGCAGAAGCCACAGAGGACAUCCUGCAGGUUCAGCUGCCACGGCUGAAAGAACAGAUGUCUGCUGGGACUCUCAGAGUCGACAACAUAGACGUGUUCUGUGAGCAGGGAGUGUUUGACCUCAACUCUACUCGCUCCAUCCUGCAGGCUGGCAAAGACAUGGGCCUCAACAUCAACUUCCACGGAGAUGAGCUUCAUCCUAUGAACUCUGCUCAGCUGGGUGCAGAGCUCGGAGCCUUAGCCAUCAGUCACCUGGAGGAGGUCACAGACGAGGGGAUCGCUGCCAUGGCAGCAGCAAGAACUGCUGCAGUCCUUCUGCCAACCACAGCGUAUAUUCUACGGCUGCCCCAGCCUCGGGCCAGAGACAUGUUGGAAGCUGGAGUUAUUGUUGCCCUCGGCAGUGAUUUCAACCCCAAUGCCUACUGCUGCUCCAUGCCAAUAGUCAUGCACCUGGCCUGUGUCAAUAUGAGGAUGUCCAUGUCGGAGGCUUUGGCUGCGGCCACCAUCAACGCAGCCUACGCCCUUCGGUGCUCCCACACACAUGGUUCCCUGGAGGUCAACAAACAUGGAGACCUGCUGAUCCUCAACACCACACGAUGGGAGCAUCUGAUCUAUCAGCUGGGAGGACAUCAGGAGCUAAUCCGUUAUGUUGUCAUCAAAGGCAACGUCGUCUUUGAUAAUGACAGAACCAUGGAUUUAUAAUCAGAAAAUAAUCUGCUGACUGAUUCAGAUAAGUAAAGGUACUAUUAAUAAUACUGAUCAGAUAACUACGACAUAUAUUCAGCUGUGAUUUUAAAGGAAUACUGUGUCAGGAAAGCAGUAGCUGUGCUGUCUAAAUCCUGGAGUCUGCGCUGGUUUCACCAAUUCCAGUAUUUAUGCUAAGCUAAAUGGCAGCUGGCUGUUUAUAUUUAACCCAUUGGAAACAUGUUAACUGUUGAUUAAAACCUGUUUCUGUAAUGUAGAGCACACACACGUUCUGUCAGUAAAAAGCAUUUUAAGUUAUCAGUUAUUCUAUGACUUCAGCAAGCAGAGGAAUUUCAUUAUUACCUAAGACACAGGUAAAAUAUUUGCACCUCAAGUGAUCAAAGAGUUAACUGAUUUACCCUUGUUGACAUUUGAAAUGACCAGAUGCUCACCCUGUUUUUAUCUGUAUAAUCAAAGAGCUGGGGUUUGACAAUCAGAGAGAAGGCAGAUACCAAAAAUGAAGAGUGGAAGAAAACAAAAGUCACGAGUCAGUAAUUAUCACAACACCUGAAUCAAAACACUACCACAAAUUAUUCUAACUUUUAUAAAGAGUGCUUUUAUUGAACAUGUUAGUACACAAUGCUUUUAAUAAAAAUCUAAAUGGAUCCAUACAUUAUAUUUUUAAGUAUUGCUUUCAACAACCAAACAAAACUAUUCUCCUCAAUUUUUUCUCUCUGCUCUGAUUACCAGAGGCCAAUCCUCAUCACAAAUUAUAAUGUGAUUUUAAAAAGCAAAACAAAGGAAAACUAAUUCAAUUGCUAUUCACAACAAUAAAUGGUAGAUAGAUGAAAAUGUGAGAUAAAAGACUGCAGUGUAACACAAUAACUGGCUUAUUUUUACUAUAAACAAAAGGUGAGGGGUAACACAUAUGGCCGACUGAUAUUUUAUGUAACCAAUAUUGACAGUAUGACCCCGUUAAUCCCAUCAGGCUUCAUACUUCUUCCCUGCUCGGUGGAUCUGUUGGUAAAGCGUCAUUGAGAAAGCCAUACCAAG